AUGUUCCGCCAGGCUCUCAACGUUGGAAAGGCUCAGCUCGCUCGCGGCUAUGCCACUGCUGCCCCCACCAAGGCCCCUCUGACUCUGUUCGGUAUCGACGGCAAGUACGCCACUGCUCUGUUCCAGGCCGCCGCCAAGACGAACGAGCUCACCGCUGUCGAGUCUGACCUGACCAAGAUCGAGCAGGUCAUCGCCAAGGAGCCGCGCGUGGAGGAGCUGCUUGGCAGCCCGCUGCUGAACAAGGCUGCCAAGGAGCAGCUGAUUGAGUCGCUGGGCAAGAAGUCUGCCAUCACGACCAACUUCUUCCAGACGCUGGCUGAGAACAACCGCCUGAACGAGACCCGCGGUGUCAUUGCUGCUUACAAGAGCCUGAUGGAGGCGCAGCGCGGCGUUGUUUCGGUCACGGUCACAUCGGCCAAGGAGCUGGGCGCUAAGGAGCUGAAGCAGGUCAAGGACAACCUGACCAAGGGUGGCCUGAUCAAGAACUUCAAGGAGGUCAACGUUGUGAACAAGGUCAACCCCAGCCUGAUGGGCGGUAUGGUUGUUGAGUUUGGCGACUUCACCAUCGACAUGUCCGUCUCGAGCAGGCUCGCUAAGCUCGAGAAGCUCCUGACUGACUCGAUCUCCGUCUAA